AUGCCGCCGGCAGCGGAGCGGAGGGCCGCCGCCGCCGCGGAGGAUCCGGGGAGGACCCACGCCCGCCUGGUGAAGACCGCUUCCGGCGACCGCUCCCUCUACAACCGCCUGAUCACCCUCUACUCCCGGGACUCCUCCACAGUGGCCGAUGCCCUCCGUCUCUUCUAUCGCCUCCCCUUCGCCCCCUCCGUCGUCUCCUGGACGGCCAUCAUCUCCGCCAUGGACCCCGCAGCGGCGCUGCACCUCUUCGUCUCAAUGGUCCGUAGCCGCACCCUGCCGAACCAGCGCACCGUUGCGUCCCUCCUGGGGAAAUGCGCCGCCUGCCCAGCCGUCCUCUCCGGGGCCGCACCCCAGAUCCACUCCCUCUCCCUGAAGCUGUGCCUCUCUCACCUCCCGUUCGCCGGGAGCGCCGUCGUCGCGUCCUACUGCAAGGUUGGCCGCCCCUUGGACGCCCUGAAGGUGUUCGACGAAAUUGACGAGAAAGACGAGGUCUGCUACGCCGCCGCGGUCGUGGGCCUCGCGCAGAACCGGCGGCCGGUGGACGCUCUCUCCCUCUUCGCGGCGAUGCGGGCCGCGGCCGUGGAGUCCACAAUGUACAGCGUCUCCGGCGCCCUCCGCUCAGCCGCAGAGAUGGCGGCAUUGGAACAGGCGAGGCUGAUCCAUGCCCACGCCAUGGUAGUGGGGCUGGAGGCCAACCUGGCGGUGGGAACCGCUCUGGUUGAUGCCUACGGGAAGUGCGGUCUCGUCUGCGACGCGCAGCGCGCCUUUGAUGGCCUCUGCGGAGACGCCAACGUGGUCGCCUGGAACGCCCUCCUCUCUGCGUACGCCCAGCAGGGAGAUGCGGAUCAUGCACUCCAUGCGUUCGAUAGAAUGCUCGGCGGCGGGCUGAAGGCGAACGAAUACACUUUCCUGGCCAUCCUCACCGCGUGCAGCAACGCCGGGCUGGUCUCGGAGGCGGAGCGGUGGCUGGGUCUGAUGAGCGCGGAGCACGGGGUGACGCCGGCACUGGAGCACUACACGUGCCUGGUCGGCGCGUUAGCGCGCGUGGGGCGGCUCGAGGAAGCGGAGCGCGUCGCGCGGUUGAUGCCCUUCGAGGCGGACGCGGCCGUCUGGCGAACGCUCCUGUCCGCCUGCGUGGCCCACGGCGACGCCGGCCUGGGGCGGACGGCCUGCCGGCGGAUUCUGGAGGUGGACCCGCAGGACGACUCCGCGUACGUCAUGCUCGCCAACGUCUACGCCGCGGCCGGGAGAAGGGACGAGGUGGCGGAGCUGUGGAGCACGAUGAGGUACCGGGGAGUGAAGAAGGAGGGCGGGCGGAGUUGGGUUGAGGUGCGCGGGGAGGUGCACGAGUUUCUGGCGGGCGACAGGAGGCACACGCGGGCGGCGGAGAUAUACGCCAAGGUGGAGGAGCUGAUGGGCGAGGUGGAGAGGCUGGGGUACGAGGCCGGGGGGAGGAGGGAGCUAUGGCACCACAGCGAGAGGCUCGCCCUGGCGUAUGGGCUGCUGAGCGGGGGAGCCCCCCUGGGGAAGCCGCUGAGGGUGGUGAAGAACGUCAGGAUUUGCGGGGACUGCCACGAGGCCUUCAGGUUCAUGAGCCGGGCCCUCGACCGGGAGAUUGUGGUGAGGGACGCCAACCGCUACCACAGAUUCGAGCAUGGUCUCUGCACCUGCAAGGGUCUCUGGUGA